AUGGCUAAUCAACCAGGAAAUCCGAAUAUGAAAAUGUUAAUUCCAAUGAUUAAUGAAUUACAACGAAUCUUUACCAUAGUCAAUACACGAUUAACAUUAACACUACCUCAAAUAGCAGUUGUUGGUUCGCAAUCAGCAGGCAAAAGUUCUGUACUUGAAAAUAUUGUCGGUCGUGACUUUUUACCUCGUGGUGGAAGUAUGGUGACGAA